AUGGCUGUUCCCGCCCGGGAAAUUAAAACAGAGGAAGCGUCAGAUCCGACAAAUACUGAGGCGUUACCUUAUAACACUCACGAUCAAACGAAUAUAAUAGGCAACAGUGCUGUUGAUAAUGGGAAUGUAGCAACGGAAAGCACGACUAAGGCGCAUUUAAUGAAAUCAAAUUCAACCGCUGCUAACGAAAAUCUUUUGAAAAAUAACAAGAUAUUCAUGGAAUCGCUUAUUCCUGUUAUUAACAAAUUGCAAGAGGUUUUUUCCGCAAUUGGCACUCGUGAGGCAGAAAUACAAUUGCCGCAAAUUGUCGUCGUUGGCUCACAGAGUGCAGGUAAGAGUUCUGUCUUAGAAGGUAUCGUUGGUCGGGAUUUUUUACCACGUGGAGCUGGUAUUGUUACAAGACGACCAUUGAUUUUGCAGCUGGUCAAUGUACGUAAUGAUGAUAAAGAAGCCAGAAUUACUGAUGAAGGUAUACCGAUAAAUGCAACUGAGUGGGCUACGUUUGGUCACUUGAAAGAAGUGGUCUUCACAGAUUUCUCUGAGGUGAAGCAAGAAAUAGAACUUGAAACGGACAGAAUCACGGGAAGAAACAAAGGAAUAUCUGGGUUGCCAAUCAAUCUUAAAAUUUGUUCACCCAAUGUUGUGAAUUUAACGCUCAUAGAUUUACCAGGAUUGACGAAAGUGCCAGUGGGUGAUCAGCCUACGGAUAUUGAAGUUCAAGUUCGGGACUUAAUUAUGAAUUAUAUAGGAAAUCCGAAUUCCAUUAUUCUUGCUAUAACACCAGCAAACCAAGAUUUUGCCACUUCCGAACCACUGAAAUUAGCAAGAGAGGUCGAUCCGGAAGGUUGUCGAACGCUAGCUGUGCUUACCAAACUUGACCUAAUGGAUCAUGGCACUGACGCCAUGGAAGUUCUUCUUGGACGUGUUGUUCCUGUGAAGCUUGGCAUUAUAGGAGUUGUGAACAGAUCCCAAGCAGAUAUCAUGAGCAAAAAACCGAUUGAUGAUUGUUUACGUGAUGAGCAGUCGUUUUUGCAACGAAAGUAUCCUACAUUAGCAAGCAGAAAUGGAAUCCCUUAUCUAUCGAAAACGCUGAAUAGAUUAUUAAUGCACCAUAUACGAGAAUGUCUUCCACAGUUGAAAAUGCGAGUUAAUGUUCUGAUAGCGCAAUGGCAAACACUGCUUAAUUCGUACGGAGAGCCUGUACAGGAUUAUGGAAGCACACUGCUACAAAUUAUAACUCGUUUUGCAACUGCGUACACCACAACGAUUGAAGGUACAUCAAGGAAUAUCGAAACUUCGGAGCUUUGUGGUGGAGCACGCAUAUGUUAUAUCUUUCAUGAAACAUUUGGUCGAGUUUUAGAAUCGAUUGACCCGUUGGUUGAUUUAACGCAGCUCGACAUAUUGACAGCAAUACGUAAUGCAACGGGUCCUCGACCGGCUCUUUUCGUACCCGAAGUGAGCUUUGAAUUAUUGGUAAAAAAGCAAAUUCGUCGUCUGGAGGAGCCCAGUCUGCGUUGUGUGGAACUUGUACAUGAAGAAUUACAACGAAUUGUGCAACAUUGUGGUAUUCAUACGCAGCAGGAAAUGCAACGUUUUCCUCGUUUGUACGACAAAAUAAAUGAAGUUGUAAGCAAUGUUCUGAAAAGUCGUUUAAAGCCAACGAAUGAAAUUGUUGAAAAUUUGGUAGCAAUUGAACUUGCAUAUAUUAAUACGAAGCAUCCGGAAUUCGCCGAUGCUUCACUUGGCAGUCUGUUAAAGGAGCACGUGUCUGUUGACGAUGAUUCGAAACGGGGUGUGAAACGCGUUCCUCAAGCUGAAACAACACUGCAUAAAGUGCACGAGAAUUCUGCGGUCAUGGGUGGUGCUUCGUCUUCAGCUGGAGAUUCAAUCGACAUGCAGAAUUCGACCGAAAUUUCAAGCUUCACCGGGUGGUUCUUCGGUGGAAAUGUGAAAGACAAGGAAUCAGCAGUAACGCCUGUAUCAGCUCGUAAACCUGUGAGUUUUUUGCCGGAAGUGCCAGAAAAGACAAUCACACGAAAAUUGACUGCUCGUGAGCAGAGAGAUUGCCAAAUAAUAGAGCGACUCAUUCGAUGCUAUUUCAUGAUUGUCAGGAAAAAUGUCCAGGAUACAGUGCCCAAAGCUAUUAUGCAUUUCCUAGUGAAUUAUGUUCGCGACAAUUUGCAAAGUGAGCUCGUACAACAGUUGUAUAAACGUGAAGUAAUUGAGGAACUGCUUAGUGAGAGUCCAGUUAUGGCUCAAAGAAGAAAGGAAGCAGCUGAGAUGCUUAAUGCGCUUAAUAAAGCGAACAAUAUAAUUGGCGAAGUUCGUGAAACCCAGAUUUGGUGA